CAGAUACGGGAAGAGAAACUUACACAAUGGUCACAUACGGAAAGAAAGAAUUACUCUACUUUUUCAUCUUGUUUAGUCUUAUUAUAGGUGUUGAACGCUGCAGCAGUGUGUCAUAUAAUAGAUUAACUGUUAUGACUGGAGGAUCUGUCACCAUCCCAUGUCAUUAUGAUGAGAAAUACACACAUCAGAAGAAAUACUGGCAUUCAGAAAAUAAUAAGUCCAGUACAUACACAAACACAAAAGAGGAGAAUCUGUCAGUAAUUGAUCAUCCUGAUCAGAGUCUCUUUACUGUGACUAUAAGAAACCUGCAGAGCACAAAACAUGAUGGAGGCUAUUAUUGUGCUCUGAAGAUUGAAGGAAAACCAACUGCCACAUAUGAUCUUUAUCUGGAGGUUCAAUCUGCUCCUGAUGUGUCUGUGGUGAGCAGCAGUGUAUCUGGACAUGAAGGUGGUGAUAUCAGUGUUCAGUGUUUCUACAGUUCUGGAUAUAAGAAUAAAGUCAAACAGUGGUGCAGAUAUAAAGAUCAGAGCUGUUACACAGUGGGGAGGACUAACACAUCCCAGAAUUCAUCAGUCCAGAUCAGUGAUGAUGGGAGAAGAUCCUUCACUGUGCUGAUGACUGGACUGAGACUCACUGAUUCUGGCUGGUACUACUGUUCUGUAGGAGAGGCACUGAAUCCUGUUCAACUCACUGUCAGUAAAGUAUUGCACAUGGAGCGUUUCUGUUUGUCACAGAACUAGAGGAAAUUUCUCCACAUCGACCUGAAGGAUCAAAUGAUUAUACAUGUUGAUAAUGAGCUUUAUAUUAUGCUUUUGAUUUGUUUAUUCAACAGACUAGACUUAACCCUUGUGCUGCAUUUGGGACAUUUUUGGUCAUUAAUGCACUCAACGGCGUA